AUGACGUCAAAAAACCAAGAAGAUGAAAACGUCAGCACGACAGUCAGGUUGAAUCGGCCUCAAGAGGAGCCAAAUGCGACUUAUUUACACCAACCUGUCCCCAAGAAGCCUUCUCAAUUGAGAGAGAGCGAUUUAGUGGCUACCAAGGAGUCCAAUUCAAAGUCUGCAUCAGCAUCAGCAUCAGCAGCAGCAGCAGCAACAGCAGCAGCAGCACAUAACCACCAACACUCGCUGACGUCAUCUGCUAACAAGAAGCUCCCAUCUUUGGUGGUCAAACAAGACCCAAAUUUGAAAUCCUGUUUAUCCCAGUCUUCAUCCAAGGUUGAUCAGUCGUUGCCAGCACUACCCACCUCGGCACAGCAGCAGCAGCAACAACAACAACACCAUCAACAUCAACCAGAAACCACGCCACAUCUGGAUCAACACCCCCAAUUUAUAUCAACGGAUACCAUUAGUCCUACUCAACACGGAUUGGCACCAGGCUCACAAUUGGAAGAGUAUGCGCCUAUUGGAUUCAACGGUACUCCACUUAUCUCGUCUCAAGGUAGUGUAACUUCCAGCUUGGUUUCUCCACCACCAUCGACCAAAUCCGCCGUAUCCCCACCAGUAUUUUUCCCACAACUGAGUAGCCAACAGCAUCACCAACUACAACCACCACCGCCCUCCUCUUCUUCCCAGCUGCAGCUUCCACCCAGUUUCUCGCGUAUGAAUUCACUAACGUAUUCUCAGAUUGAUGACAAAAAGUUUAUCGAGUCUACGCGACAAUCAGCCAAUACAUCAGCCGCUGAGAUUAAACCACAUGAUGAAGGUGCCAUUGCUUCAUCCGAUGAUAACAAAUUGCAUUUACUCAUUGGCAUAACUGGAUGCAUAUCGAUUCACAAGAAUAUUUUUCUCAUAAUUGAAAAGUUGUUUGAGUUGUACACCAAGGAGAAAUUGGAGAUUCAAGUUCUUUUGACGAAAUCAGCCGAAUAUAUCUUGCUGGAGAAAUUGUACAAGUUUGAUGAAAUGGGAGUCAAGGUGUGGUUUAGUGAUGAUGGUGAAAAGUAUUUUCUUACAUCACCAUUUCAAAAAGUUUAUUCCAAAGCUGUGGCACUGGGACAAUUACCAUUGAAGAAACAAAUUGGACCACAUGUAUUUCAACAGUAUAAUUUAUCGUAUGAUUUGCAACGAUGGACUGAUGUGUUGUUGUUGGCGCCUUUGAGUGCCAAUACUAUGGCUAAGUUGAUUAAUGGGUUGGCUGAUAAUUUGUUGACCGAGUUGUUGCAUGUGUGGCCUAUGCCGCAAAUACAUUAUGUUUCCGAACAGCUGCAAGUGGCAUCUCCACCACCUACGUCAUCCACUGUUGCGUUGACUGCAACUAAUACCACCAAUUCUGCACAAUCAUCGAAUGUUGUGUUUGCGCCACGACAACAGCAACAAUCAGAACAACAGCAAGUAGAGCCCCAACCCCUACAACCAGACUCGAUGAAAAAGGACACAACAAUCUUGUCAAACAACUUGGUUGCACCAAAACCCAUAGUCGCAGCAUUGGCAUUGACGAAUUCAAUGUAUUCGCAUCCUAUCACCAAGAAACAGUUGGGAUUGUUGCAGGAAACGUAUCCCAACAUGACUAUUUUGAAACCAGUUGAGAAAUGUGUUGAUAUGGAUGGGAAUAUUGCCAUGGGUGGUAUGAGAUCAUGGCGAGAGGUUGUUGAUUUUGUUUCGAAGAAGUUGGGACCACCGCAAGAAGAUGAAGAUGACGAAGGGGAGGACAAAGAUGACAAAGAGGAAGAAGAAGAAGAAGAAGAAGAAGAAGAAGAAGAAGAAGAAGAAAAGGACGAGAAGAGCAAAGAAAAAGAGAAUGUGAAGAGUGAACAGGAUGCGACAAGAAAAGGCAAAGAAAAUGCAAAGCAGCCUGAAUUAAUUGAUCUCAGGAAUGGUGAAUCAAAUUACAAAUCGGUUCAAUCAAAGAAACACGAACUGAUAAUAUCAUCCAGUCAAGCUCCACCGAAAUUGACUAGAGUGUCUACGUCACCAUCACCAACUUGGAAAUCAAAGUCGAGUGACAGUAACGCGAGCGGGACUGGUGGUGCUAGUAAAUCAAGCGAAAGGCGAAGAGGCAACACCAUUACGCGAAGAGAGUUGGCGGAGCAUGAACGGUUGGCAUCCCAAAAUGCUCUAUUGAAUGCUGGUAUUGGGAAAGUUGGGUUAUAG